AUGAACCAACAAUUCGUGGCACAAUAUGGAGUAGAAACCGCCUCCAUCAGGUCCCAUGAAAAGAAUCCCCACGAUGACUUUUACGCUAUAGCAAAAGGAACUUCAACUGCCCUUGGGACACUAACAAUGUCACCGUUGGGAGCAUCAAUACGGCUCCGAAUUGGCGUAGACGGUGUCCGCAGGCUAUCGAGAAUUACGAGAGAUCCCCACAAAAGACAUAAUGUCAAGGAGGCCAAUAUAACAAUGGAGGAAGGAAAAAUCUAUUUCAGAAGAGUAUUAAACUCUGAUAACCCUUUCCCCGGAGAAACCACAGAGGCGAUGACAUUUACAUAA